AUGGGAGGCUGGUUCUCAUCAUUUCUGACUUUGAAGAGUUUACUUUACAGACGGAAGCAGUUAUCGAUCAGUUCUGUAGCUGAUCCGAGUUCUGAUCCUCUUAUAUUAUUGUCCGCUGCUGCUGAAAUCGCUGCAUUACAUCGAAGAAUGGAAGACACAGCUCUGCAAACUUCCUCUGGAGUUGCAUCUGCUCAGUUGAACACCAAUCAGCUGUCUGCGACCUAUGAUGAUACUGAUGUUGAGGAGUCGGUUUCAAGUUUGUUACGUGAAGAAAAGGAGGAAACGAGCUCAGACGACGAUGACUCUUCUGACGAUUCUUGUGACGGAAUAACCAAUCGCCAAGAGCGCGAUUUGUUUGAAAACCAACGAAAAAUGGCCUUCAGAGGUCGCAUGUCUGUUGGGAAUCAAAAGGCUUUGCGUGAACUAUGUGAAGAUAUUCAUACUCGUUGCUUUUGGUCAUGUACAGCAUCUACAAGCAUCACUGAAUUAUGUGCUCACCGUGAAAUAGCUAAGCCUCGCGGAGGAAAUUGUAUGCCAUCAGGGCUCAAAGCUAGCGUUAUUAAUCAAUUUCUGCCAAAUUGUCGGCGAAUAGUGGAUAAAUUGCGCUCGAAGUCCUUCUGUUGUCAGUUUGUAAAAGGAGGCACUGAUCUUGUCGUUGCUAGUCAAGAUGAACGCAUUCGAUUUUUCCAGCAGAGUGGACCUCGAGACCGCUACUUGCUGACGAAUACGAUACACGUCCCAAUAACGAGUUGGUCGAUUUUGGAUGUCGCUAUGAAUCGUAAAGGUGAUGCAUUAUGUUAUGGCACUUGGAAAGAUUCUGUGUUUUACGCGAGAUUGUGCGAACCAACAUUUGACAAUCCAACGGGUGUUUCAUGGACGGAAUUGCCCAUACCCAAUCAAGACGCCGGUUUUUUUAGAAGUAUGGCUGUAUUUUCUUUGCGGUUUUCACGACAUGGGCACGAAAUCUUGUGUGGCGGUUCUGAUAGGUGCUUGCACGUUUUUGAUCUGGAGUCCAUGAGUCGAAUUGUGACAAUUCCUGAAGCACAUGGCGAUGACAUCAAUGCCGUUUGCUAUGGUGACACGGAAUCGCAUCUUCUUUACAGUGGGGGCGAUGAUGGCCUUGUCAAGGUGUACGAUCGACGGGCAUUUGGCGAAAUGGAUUACCAGCCGGUGGGGGCAUUUGCUGGACAUCGGGAUGGCAUUACAUAUAUUGAUGCGCGUGGUGAUGAUAGGCACUUAAUUAGCAAUUCAAAAGACCAAACAAUAAAGCUGUGGGAUCUGCGACGGUUUUCUAGCGAAGACACUGUGCGAAAAACAAUCAACUGCGUCCGGCAGCAGUCUUGGGAUUAUCGUUGGCAGCCAGCACCUCCCACAACUUGCACUCCUCUUAAAGGUGACACAUCUGUUGUUACUUUCCGUGGACACAGUGUUUUACACACUCUAGUCAGAGCGAAAUUUUCUCCAAGUCGGACCGGAAGGAGAUACAUUUAUAGUGGUUGUGCUCGCGGGGAAGUUGUUAUAUAUGAUCUGUUAGCGAAUCCAUCUUUUGGAUCGAAUGAAAGUGAUUCAACUACUAAUCCAGUCGCUCGUCGUCUUCCUGGUCACGUUGGUGUCGUCCGAGAUGUAGACUGGAAUCCUUCUUGCAACGAAAUUGCAACCUGUGCUUGGGACGGACUGACAGCAAUUUGGAAAUGGGACGAACGUCAUGAUCACGUGACAUCGAGUGAGGUGAACCGCAUAGGAGCUGAGGAUUCAUGCGACGAAUCUUAUCAGCCGGUUGUGAAACGUCGAAAGGCUGCUCAUCGGAAAGGGAAGUGUGUUAAACGAAAACAAGCUGCCCGAACUGGUAGUCAGCAAACCGAUUCGCCCGAGCUGUUGUACACAUUUUAA